GAGGCUCUCAGCUCGGGGAUGUGCGUCUGCGGUGCAGGUCCCUCCGCUCGCUGCCUGCUGCAGGGAGGAGGCUGCAUCUGAUGCUGCCCUGUGCUCCAUCAUCUCUUCCUGCUCAGCUGAAGGAACCCCUGAAUCAGGAUCUGGAUGGAGACCCAGCCAGGGCCCGGUCCCUCAGAGCAGACCAGAGAAGCAGAAAGCCAGGUCGGCUCUCACCCUAGAGCCCCCGCUGAGGUGACCGUAGAAGAACCUCAACAACCCCUGGCGGCUGAGGUGGAAUCAGGAGUCCUGGCACCUAUGACGGGGCUCCUGCAAGUCACAGAAAGAAGACAACCGCUCAGCAGCGUCUCCUCUCUAGAAGUGCACUUUGAUCUGCUGGAUCUGACAGAACUCACAGACAUGUCUGACCAGGAACUGGCCGAAGUGUUUGCCGACUCGGAUGAUGAAAACGCGCACAAUGAGCCGCCUCCAGGUCUUCAUUUACCUCCUCUCCCUCGAGCCGGGUACCUCCGUUCUCCGUCUUGGACCCGAUCAAGAACUGAAAGGGAGAAGAAACAUCUCAGCGACUCAGAGCUGCAAGGAGGACUGCUGGACACGUUCCUCGCUGCAGAGAGAUCCAAAGAGAACUAACAAGAAAGCCUUUACCCCACCGAAACUGGUCCCCUUUGCCCUCUUAUCAUCCAUAUCAGGGAUUGGAAAGUGCCAAGACCAUAGCUCUCAAAACUGCAUCAACCACGGCCGGGGCCACGUCAGUACUGCGUCUACUCUCUGGGACGAUAGACGGGGCCUGCUCAGCACGUGAGGCUUAGUAGAGGUCCUUAUCCGUAGUAGAACCCUAUCAGUAGUGGAGCUUGGAGGAACAUCAUCUUCUUGUAGAACUGAGAGGAACUGGAGACCUGGUUCGACCACUGGGAAUCUGGGACGCCACAACACUACCAGCUGUAGAAUGAAUUUAGUAGAUCCAUACCUACAUGGAGCCCCGGUCCAGGAACCACGACUGCCAUCCCAUCCCUACAGGAGGUCCUACCUGGUGCUCGGAUGCUCAGAGAUAUGAUGGGACGAAGAAGCAGGCUUAGUAACAGGACAAUUACCAGCACGUAAAUUGGUUGCCGGAGGACAACCCGCUCCAUGAAUGUAGAUCUGGAUGAGCGUUACCACCUCAGUAGCGAGGAGGACAUUUUUGGGACACGGUCCAAUUAACAACUUCAUAAGCACAGAAUCCCCCCACCCACCCUCCGCCGCCUUAAUAUACACCGCCAUCCACCACCACCUUCUCCGGGGAAGCUGUGGGUCACGUUCUUGCCACCUAACCCUUACUGUGGAGCACUUUGAUGGGGAGCUGCAGUGCACAAGCCCUUAUUUUAUCGCUCAGUCGUUCCAUCGCCUCGCAGAAGCAGCGUUACAGUGUGUGUUUUCCGGUGACUCUUCUUUUGUUACUACGGUGACACUUUUGCACUUUACGAUGAUGUGGCUGUGCCCCCACAGCUUUGGGAUUUCGCCCCUGCGAGGACUUUCUGGCACUUAAAAGAGUUUGCGACAUGACACAUUAAAAUCUUCCUGAACCGUGAAAACGUAGAAUGUAAC